AUGGAGGAAAUAAAGAAACCAAACAAUUAUCGGCUGCUUCUGGUAGGCAGGACGGGGGCGGGGAAAAGUUCGACCGGAAACACAAUCCUCGGAUGGACGGCCUUCGCCUCAUCAGCGGGCCUGGGAUCGGUCACAGCGAAAGUGACGUCAGCAGAGGGGGAAGUGGAUGGCCGUAGAGUAGUUGUGGUCGACACCCCGGGAUUUUUCGACACCGGGAGCGGAAACAAGCUCCUGUCGACGCAGCUUGUGCGCAUGUACGCGGCGCUUGCUCCCGGUUUUCAUGCGCUUAUUUACGUCAUGUCGCCUGAAAGAUUUACAAGAGAGUGCAUUAAAACGAAAAAUUUGUUCUUUAAAGUGUUUGGUCCCAGUGUCGCUCGAUUUACGAUUAUAGUCUUGACGGGAAAAGACAAAACAGACGCAGAAAACAUCUCACUGCAAGGUUUAGUCUCCAGUGGAAACGCAGAAUUUCAAGCGUUCCUACAACAAUGUGUUGGUCGUAUAUUUGCUUUAAACAACAAAGCCUCGGAAAAUGAAAGGGCAUUUCAAGUUUCUGAACUUUUUAAGAUAAUCACGGAGAUCCAGAAGAUGUCUGGAGGUCACUAUUUCACAAAUCUCCAGUUUCAAACAAUGAAAUUGUACCGGCGACUGGGUCUCCUUCGCGGUGAACAAAAUGUCAAAAGGCGCGCCAGUGUCUCUUCCGGCGGAUAUCGGACAGGUAUGGCGUCGAAGAACAGAGCGUCUGGGGUCCCCAGAGUGCUGAGAACCGGAAGUUAACGGUAACCAUGAAGCUUCUGGAGAACCGCGAGUUCAAUGACCUGCACGUGACCGAAGCAGACGACAGUGAAAAUCUAGACGACACGGUAGCGACGGCUGGUGGAAAACCAUCGGACGAUAAAUUAGAAGAACUGAGGAAUCCUACGUAUUUUGAAAAAUUGGUGGCGUUUUUCUCAAGACUAUUCGGAACGUUUUUCAAAUCAAU